AGAAGAAGAAGCAGAAGCCCUCACGGCUUAUCUGUUCAACAUGGCGCGACACCUUCGUUUCAUCGCGAGGACAGUAAUGGUUCAGAACGGCGAUGUCGACGCUGCUUACAGGAUUUUAAACAGGAUUCUGUCUCAGGAUGGAAUUAUUGAGACGGUGAAACGUAAGCGCUACUAUGAAAAGCCUUGCCGAGAGCGAAUACGGAAGAACUUUGAGAGGUGCCAGCGAAUCUACAACAGUGAAAUGGGCAGGAAAAUUGCCUUCAUCUCCAGGACAAAAAGAGAGGACCCCUGGCUUGGUCAGUAGUGAAAUGGAGCCGUACGUUGUCAGACAAGGAGCUCAGACUGGGCCAGCAGUGUGGAUGGAGGCCACGUGUCACUGCUGUGACAAAAUAAACUUGAACUUCAUAAGUAACUUUUUGUGUCUUCUCGUUUGGGAAAACUUCUUCUUUUGGAUGCCCCACCCUUUCAUGAUUCUAAUAAACGUGUCAGUGAACAUGUAA